AUAAAUUUAAUUGGGCAUAGAGUUAAUGGGUUGAUUGAUAUUUGAAAUCCUUUAAUAGCAAAUAUUUUCAUAAUAAUUUUACGAAUGUUCAUAAAGUUUGUAAUACAUUUUAAACUAUUUCGGUGCUAAAACCUUGCAAUGGCGCAGACUCUGAAAGCCAUACACCUGCGAAUGUUCAUGUAUGCGUUGACGUUUUCAUUGCACUUUGUCAACGUGGUUCUCACUCAUGUGUGGUGCUACAAGAUACGAGAUGAUCCAGAAAUGAAGUUAUACUUCCCCUACUGGACUCGCCUUUUUACAGUAUGGAAUAUUGGCAUGCAGAUGGCUCACGCUUUCAUUGGCCUCAUUUGUGAUAGAGAUGAGUUGAAGGACACCAAAAACAGGAGCAGGAAUAUAAACUAUCUAAGAAACUUUAAUUCCACAUUUUUUUCUGCAGUUGUUUGGCCUUCGUCUUGGGUCUGCUGCAUAAUAUUCUGGUUUUUCUAUACCUAUGACAAGAAUCUACUACGCUAUUCUUUAAUAAAGAAAGUUAUGAAUCCAGUGACAAAUCACAUUGGACACACGUUUAUACUAGCUGUAGUUAUAUGGGAGGCAGUUUUUCGGCCGAGACCGGAACCGAAGUCCCACAGAAGAAACGUGUUUUAUGCGUUGGGCGUCACUGCAAUAUAUACAGCAGUGUUAUGGUACACAUACGUAACCUCCGGUACAUGGGUCUACCCGUUUUUCGACUUGUCUUACGGCACCAUCUACUUCCCUCUGAUUCAUAUAGUAACAGGCUUCAUAACAGUUGGAGCAUACUUCGCGCUAUGGCCGAUCACAAGAAUUACUAUUGCAGGAGUAGGUUUCGAAAAAUAUAAGAAACGGCUGGUCAAAAAUUUAGGCCUGCAGAAAAUAUUGCAAUAAAGCGUUGUAUGAAAGUGGCACUACACACUUGGAAAUUGAGUAAAAUUAACUCCUGAUUUGUA